CCUAUCUCUCUCUCUCUCUUCUCCUUCUUUUUCUAUCUCUCUCUGCGUCUUACUCUGAGCAUGUUUGUUUCUGGAAGAAGAUUAUUAUUACUCAACUUUUCUCUCUUCUCUUCCUUCUUAGUCCUCUUCAAAGCUCUUCUUUAACUUCAUCUCCCCUCACUUUCUCAUUUCCUUUUGAGAUAUAGAGAAAAAAUCCAAAUCUUUCAGACACCCUUUUGACUUCUUUGCUCAAAGAAUCUCUUUUAUUUUUCCCUUAGAAAAAUAAUUUUAAAUUCAGAAGCAAAACCCUCAAGAGAAAGAAAUACAAGUAAUCACCCAUCAUCAUCAUCAUCAUCAUCAGUAGCAGAAGGAAUAGCAAGAGAGGUUCUUAAAAGGUUGCUUAAUCAUGUCCAUGGAAGGAGUUUUUCUAGAGAAACCAACAUCAAACACGACUACAACUCUCCCUGAUCUAUCUCUCAACAUAAGUCUCCCAGAUACUCAUCACAACGAGUCUUCCAAAGAACUUUCAAGAAGAUCAUCCCAAACCGACAACAACAGAUCAUCAAACUUUGAACUCUCCUUAUCUCAUCAUAACAACCCUAGUUCGAAUCCAAGCACAAGAAUCCUCCAUUGUCCUGAUAGAAGGAACCUCUAUAACAACCACAUCCUUAGUGGUGGAAGUCUUCAUCAAAGGGUUGAUGAAUCCGAGAUUAAUAAUAUCCACCGUCCGAUUAGAGGCAUCCCGGUCUAUCACAACCGUUCAUUCCCUUUUCACCAACAAGCCUCUCCUUCUUCUUUGCCUUCUCUUGGAGGAGACUUCUCAAUCUUAAACUCAUCUUCCGGCUAUAACAACGCUUACCGAUCGUUCCAAUCUUCCCCUAGGCUAAAAGGUGUUCCUAUGCAUCAUCAUAAUCACUAUGGAGCCGUUGGAUCUUCAGAUUCUUCUUAUCCUCAUCAUCAUAAUCAUCACCAUCAUGGGAUGGUCAGAUCAAGAUUCUUGCCUAAGAUGCCGACAAAGCGGAGCAUGAGAGCUCCGAGGAUGCGUUGGACGAGUAGCCUCCACGCACGGUUUGUUCACGCCGUUGAGCUUCUAGGCGGACAUGAAAGAGCAACUCCAAAGUCAGUUCUUGAGCUCAUGGAUGUAAAAGACUUAACUUUAGCUCAUGUGAAGAGCCAUUUGCAGAUGUAUCGAACUGUUAAGACCACUAACAAGCCUGCUGCUUCAUCAGAUGGGUCAGGAGAAGAAGAAAUGGGUAUAAACGCGAAUGAAAGGGCACAAUCUGACGAUACUUCUCCUCAUCAUCAAGAAAUUGACUUCCCUUCCACACAACCUCGUUGGAGUAACUCUUCAGGAGAGACAUGGCCAUUAAGUAACAACUGCGCAAGCGACAUAGAUACGGUGAUCAGAACUUCAUCAACAUCAAUGAUCUCUCACCAUCAAAAAACCUCCCUCCUUCAAAAUCAGGACCAAAGGUCAAACGAUCAAGGAAAGAGGUGUGGAGAUCUUAGUUGUAACAAUCCAAGUUUGGAGUUCACAUUAGGAAGACCCGAUUGGCACGAGAAAUGACUUUCUUGACCAAUAUAUAUACCCGGAACAUGUAUGCAGACUGCAGUUAUAGUUAUACCGCUGUGACGAUGAAUUUGUCAGCGGAAAAGUUGAAGAUCACAUAGAGAGAGCCAAGACGCUCAAGAGUGUUGAUUUUUGGAGAAAGACAUGCUUUUUUAGGCUUUUCUUCUCAAGUUCCAUUGAUGUUAAUUAUAAAGUGCAUGAUCAAUGUAUGAUUUUUUUUUCUUUUUUGGUUUUCCGGGGUUUAUUGAUUUUCCCGAGGUUGAUGUGGUGUGAUCAUAAGUUAUAUAAUUGGCGUGAUCAUAAGUUACACACAAAGUUUGGACGA